AUGCAGAAUCUUGACCGGAAACUCAGUAUCUGGGCCAUAUUAGAGCACCGGUAUGUAAUACGCCUGUACGGCACUGUAACAGGUUUCGGUCCAUUCCGUGCUUUCGUCACCCCCUGGAUGCCAAACGGGACUUUGAACUCUUACCUAAAUCACGCUAAUCUCACAGCAAUGGAUAAACUUUCCCUGCUUAAGCAAGUCGUUGAAGGGCUCAAAUAUCUUCACGACAGCGACGUGAUUCAUGGUGACCUAACUAGUGACAAUAUCCUGAUUGCUGCCGAUGGAUCGCCACGCCUCGCAGAUUUCAGUGUCUCGAAUAUCAUGAUAGAGUCUAACCGGGUAUACUCCUCCCAUUCUGGCGCACUUCGUUGGGCUGCUCCAGAACUCAUUAUCUCCUGCGAAGGUGGCACCGUGCAAUGCGCCACCAAAUCCAGUGAUAUAUAUUCUCUCGGGUGUCUCAUGCUUCAGGCAAGUCUCUUAUUUCGCUUGCCUGUGUUACUGACAUGGUGA